AUGCCACGUUCCCGAUCCUCCGUCUCUACAGCUCCCCCUUCCGCCUCCACCACCGCUCCGCAUCCGCCCUCCACAAACGCGCCCUCAUCAGCUCCUUUGCUCCCAGCACCAACCUUCCCCCCUCACACCCUUCCGCGCACCUGGCUCAUCACCUCCGCUCUCACCCCAAUCGGCCAAUCCGUCGCACGCCACGCCCUGCGCCAUGGUGACAACGUUGUCGGCUGCGUGCCCAAUUAUCUCCCCAGUGUUGACAUCCCAGGAGUGGAGGAGCUCUUGGGAGGCUGGGAGAAGUUUGAGGAAGACAUUGAACGGGGAGGUCUAGAAGGGAAGGGGGAGGGGCGCGGCAGUGGGGCUGGGAUUGAGGGCAUAGAGCAUGGGGAGAGAAAUGCUGGUGGGGAAGAGAUGGUAGGGGAAGGCGAGGAGGAUGCGGAGGGAGAAGAAGAUGAUGGAGGCGAGGAGAACUGCGAGGACGUAGAGUCGGAAGCGGAGAAAACAAAAGGUGCUGCUGCGGGACAAAGGAAUGGGGUGGGUAAGGGGAAGGUGAUGAAGCCUUGGAAGGAGAGGUGGAAGAAGGUUGGGUUGGAUGGGAGGUCUGUCGGGCAAUGCCAGGCUGCUGUUGCGGAAGCCCAAGCCAGCUUUGGGGGCGGCGGAGCGGACAUAUUGUUUUGCUGUGAUGGUGAAGCACUAUUUGGUACUGUGGAAGAGCUUGCAGCUUCAGUGCGAACGCAGUCUCUUGUCAGAGAGCAGUUUGAGACAAAUUUCUAUGGGCCCGUGAAUUGUAUCAGGGCUGUGCUACCAAGUAUGAGGAAGAAAGGUAGUGGGCAUAUUGUCUUGCUCUCAAGCAUCAUAAACCACCUCGGUACCCCUGGUCUCGCAACCACUUGCGCAUCUGGAUGGGCUCUCGACGGCUUCUGCGAUAGCCUCGCAUACGAAGUUGCGCCCUUCAACAUCAAAAUCAGCAUCGUACAGCCAAGCAUGGAAGUCAAUCUAUUGACGCACAAGAUUACCGCUGUUCCGCCGUCAGAGCACUAUAGCCCAGAUCUGAACUCAAUACCUACGAGUAGAGAGAUGAUUGGUGGCCUGUUGGACAGGAUCGAAGGAUCUGGCAGUAGAAGGGAUCCUAGGAAGCUCACGGGAGAACAUACUGAAUGUCUGUACCCACGUCUACCGGCUGAGAUGGUGGAGUCUCUCAUAGCAGAAACGGUGCACGCGGUGCUCGCAAUCGGUGGGCAUGACAAUCCGCCGGCUAGACACAUUGUAGGAUUUGAAGGGGUGGCAACUGUCAAAGAGAAGCUGAAGACCGUCAGCGAAGAGCUGGAGGAAUUCGUUGCCGUGAGCUGCGCUGUGGAUAUCGACCAAGAGGGCCAAGCUGUGAAUGGCCAGGAUGAGAGUCUUGACGAGGAUACUUGA